UGCAUCAGAAACGUAGCUUCGUUUUUCCUCUUCUCGCAGCACCGUCGUGAACCUCCGGAGAUCACAAAAUUGCCACGAGUUUGAGAAACACAGUUCAAACAUUCUUUUGGGAACUAUCUCCAAAAACUGAACUUAUGCAUCGAUUCACUGAACCAAAUAACAUAUUCGAACAAAGCAAAAGAAGAAGAAUAAGAAGACGAAGAAGAAGAAGAAGAAGAAGAAGAAAACACAAAGAGAAAGGAAAGUGAAAUAGAAGAAAUUGUAAAUCAACCGAUCGACUUAAAAUAAAAUAAAAAGAAAAAAGAAUAAGAACAUGUACGAAAAGGAGGCGUAUCCAAAGAUAGGAGGAAAAAAUCGAAAGGAAGAAAAUAAGGAAAGAAAGAAAUGGAAGAAAAUCAGCCCGUCGCGUGACACGCGCCGAUAGGUGUCAAACGUGUGGCAGACAGACAGUUGACAUGACAUGAGAGAGGAGCAUCGGGACGCGGCCGUCGGGACGUGGUGGUCGGGCGCCGUGGCCCGGCAUCCUGCGGGAUAUUGCGCAAGCGGCGUAUUUCGCAGCUGCGCUCUUCGUAUUUCGUUGAACGCUCGAAGGUCUGACUGUUUCCCCGCUCGCAUUAUCGCGGCGCUGAUUCACGCGAUACAAAGGGGACACGUUGAACACCCUCCGUUGCACUCUCAUUGGUGUAAUCGCCAGAUAGUAGGGAGACGUGGACGGUAAUUGGUCGGCGAACAUGAAACAGGCGUGACAGACGUAGUACGGAGUAGGGAGUGUUUGAACAAGAUCGGCAGACUCAAGAGUAGCGGAGUACACUCGCUGACCGGCCUCCAUCCACACGGCACACAGAGAGACAGAGAGACAGUGAGAGACAACGAGACUGGUGAAUGAGGGAGAGUGGAGGUGAGGCGGCUCGAGCACACAGAACCCCGCUCAAACAACGUCGAUCGCUGCUCGCCGUGUGUUCUCAGCUCGUGCUUGGUGCUGGCCGUGCGCGACCAGCCCGCGCGUACAAUUUCAUACCGUGCGUUAUUCGCAACGUGUUGACGAAGUGAUCGAGCGAUCGUGAACUUUUUCGGACAUAUCGACGCUCGUUUACGGUGUACUUUAAAGGAUUGUUGGUGGUGGAAGAAAGGAGAUACUAUAAAUCGUGGGGAUAAUAUCGUGGAAUUUCUUCCGAAGAUUCUGUGAAUUUUUCCAAAGAGGAUAAUUGCUCGAGUGCGCGAAUUGUGUUUUAAACAUCGUAUCACGGAAAUUGGAGAAGCCGUAGAAAACGAAGGUGAAGUUUCUGUUUGUCGACGUACGAAUCAGAUUAUCGUGGACAGUGAAGUAGUAUCAGUGAUAUUGACGCAUGUAACUCGAUAAUAAUCGCAGUCGUAUGUAGGAUAUAAAGGAUCGCGAGGAAUUGAAAUAACCGUGUGUCGACUAGAGGUGUCAAGCAUUUUCGUCACCGAGGAGAAGAUUCGGGAACCGUCGCAUUAUCAACAGCAGCCGUGGUACCGCGGUUUUCAUGAUUCUCGUUUGACAAGCAGACAGCAGCCCGCCACUCCGGCACCGGUUAGCUCUAUGACCAUGCUCCAGUCGCAGAAGCUGUACAGCGAUGCUGGUAGCCUCGGCGGCGCGAUGACCAGCGCCGCGAUGUCCACGAUGGGCAGCAUGGCGCCGACGUACAGCUCGAUCAACUCGGUAGGAUGUAUGCCUAUGGGUAUGUCAAUGGGUGUCGGUGUCGGACCAAGUUGCAGUCCUCAGGGUGCCGGCGGUUUCAACAUGAGCACCAUGAGUUCGGCAAUGGGGAUGGCAUCGAUGGGCGGUGGUGCUAUGGGUGGUUACGGGAGUGCCUCGAUGGGAGGCGGUGGCGCGUGUAUGAGCGCCGUCGGCUAUGGUCCUCUAACGCCAGGCGGCGGCGCCGGUGUCACCAGGGAUCCUCUUUCCCUUACCGAGCCGGAUUCGCCUAAUUCCGCUUUGCAACGCGCCAGAACAGACAAGUCUUACCGCAGAAGUUACACUCACGCGAAACCGCCCUAUUCUUACAUCAGCCUGAUCACAAUGGCUAUCCAGAACGCGCCCAGCAAGAUGCUUACGUUGUCGGAGAUCUACCAGUUCAUCAUGGACCUGUUCCCGUUCUACAGACAAAAUCAGCAACGCUGGCAGAAUUCCAUCAGGCACUCGCUCAGCUUCAACGAUUGUUUCGUGAAAGUGGCGCGAACUCCGGACAAGCCUGGCAAGGGCUCCUUUUGGACCUUGCACCCAGAGAGUGGGAACAUGUUCGAAAACGGAUGCUAUCUACGUCGACAGAAGAGGUUCAAAGACGAGAAGAAGGAAUUAACCAGACAGAACAACAAGCAUCAACAACAUCAUACCGGAGCCGCGGCAGCAGCUGCCGCGGCAGCCGCCGCAGCCGCCGCCGGACACAACAGUCCGACCUCUCACGAGUUGGCUCACGCAGCUAAAAAGACAACGUCUUCUCUCCACCACGGACCCCAGCAACAGGACGACAAGGAUCUUCAUUCUCUGGUGUCCUCGCACCAUCAUCACCACGCAGCCAGUCUCCAUCAACAUCACGCCUCGUUAAAAAGCGAUACAGCGGACAUAGGCGGCCUCCUAGGACCCGAACUAGGCGCUACUCACGACGAAUUGACCGCGAUGGUCAGUCGAAGUCUUCAUCCCCACUUGAUCUCCGAACCUACGGCUCUGCAUCAUGGAAUGACCGGUACUUUGAAACAAGAGCCACCGUACACCGCUGCCAGUCAUCCUUUCAGCAUCACCAGGUUAUUGCCGGGCGCGACGGCGGGCACAUCGCCAGGCGCGCAAGACAUCAAGCCACCGGAGAUGAAAAUGUACGAGCAGCUGCAUCAGAGCUACGCCAACUUCGGCUCGCCUCAUCAUCCUCACGCGCACUCCGCGCCACCGAGUCAUCAUCAUCACAACGGCAUGCACACGGGCUCGAACGCGGCCGGUCCAAUGCACAACAUGACCAAUCACCAUCACCAGGAGUAUUACCAGAGUCCGCUGUACCAUCACGCGACCAGCGUGGCUAGUAGCAGCGCGCCCCCGCCGUCCUCCGUCGCCACCGCGGCUCCGGGCUUGUGACAUCACGCUACCCACCCCUACGCCCUGGCCUGAGUCGCUGCAGCCGCGGCAUACGCCGCCACCGCAGCCGCGAGCAAUCCCUCGACCACGGCGAACAUCGUUCUCCCUGCCCUCGAUCAGGAUCACCAGGCCCAUCAUCAUCAACCACCCUCCUCUUCGACCUCCUUGUCGUCCUCGUCAUCGUCUUCUUCGUCCUCGUCGUCGGCACCCUCGCAGCCGCCGGCUGCCGUCUCACAGUCGGCGUCGUUGCGAGUCUCAGCGUCGAUACAAUCGCCGCAACAGCGACGUCGGCGACGCUGCGAGGACAACGAGGUGGAGGCUUGCUGGCCCGUCGCCCACGAGGACGAUUACGACGAGGAGGAGGAGGAAGACGACGAGGACGAUAUGGUGUGAGAAGAUGUUAGAACGGAGGAGAUUAGACCGGAUAUCGUAGGAGGUGAGAGUCGCGCGGCUGGAUUCGGAGUUGAUCGUUGUCAAAAAGGCGAUGGUGUGGUGCGAACGGUGCGGGUGCGAAGGGGCGUUUCGAGACACGGAGGACGACAACUGGAGGACGCUUAGGAAAUCGUCGAGCUGGGCAGGAUCAAUAGAAAUUUUUGGUUAGAGAAACACGUGUGUUUCGAAACUCACGGGUCGACAUCGUACGAACGCUUCGUCGCCGGAUUAUCGCUUUGCUCUUCAUCGUUACGCGACGCGAUCGACGUUGAAAAAGGAAAAUAUGUCAAGACGACGAUUAAGCUGUACUCGAAUCGUGACAUACGGCCGCGAGACCAGAUAUACGAUUGCGAUGUAAAGGAGAAAAUAAAAGGAAGAAAUUCGUAGAUGCUCGACGAGUUCUCCAUGGACUUCCGGUUCGCGACCUUUUUCGACUGACGUUCACCACGAUACGCAUAGGUUUUUUUCUGUGAUACGCGACAACGAUGCGUUCCUCCGGCUGCGCCGCACUUGCCUCGACCGUCAGCCGUUCUCUCGUUCCUUUCUUAACACGGAAACAUAAUCGUCGAUUCGUUCGAACGAUUCGUUUCUAGUCGCAAUAGACGUGUGCAAUUUCCUUCUUGUCGGAGGGAAGUUGAUCGGGCGAGAUCGAGUCGAAUAUUUUCGCAUUUCGAGACACGAAUGUGAACCUUGGUUUUCCUUUAUUUUCUUUUAUUUUGUUGCUGAUUAUUGUGCGGAAUAUUAACUCGAAUAUAUAUUAUGUUGCAAUCUCAUUUUCGUUUUAACAGGACGACAAAUUUUUAAUGUUCUCAAACUGUUUUAGGCUAGGGUUUUUAAGGUAGGCGAAGGGAAAAUUUCACAUUUUCCUCGAUCUUAAGUUACUUUGAUUAUAGAAAGAUAAGAUUGCGUGGAGAAUAACGCAAGGGAUACGACGAGAUUCAAUAGUUGAAAUUUUUAUACAGAGCUACGUGGCUGGUUCUCUUUGAUUCGAUGAUUUUGACGUUUUUCAAGAUUAUCGUCGUUGAAUAAAACCGAGCUUGAAGAUGUCGUAUGCUCAAUUAGCAAAUAAAAUAAAAAUAAUCGAAACUUGUUAUCUAUGAAUUAUAUAUAUAUAUAUAUAUAUAUAUAUUCUUUUAAAUUUGUUUAAACACAAUCUCAAUACGUUAACCGAAUUCAGCAUCGUUCCUUAGACUUUAUAACAUAAUUAUUUAUUAUAUUAUUUUGCAAUUUAAUUACGUUGUAACAUGGUAAAUAAUAUUUGACGAGAACGUGUGUUUGAUAUAAGUAAAAAAAAAAAAAAGAUACAUGUUAAAUAAGUAUAACAAUUUUUAAGUUUUAUCUUUACACGGUAAUGUAACUACUAAGAUAUUUAUAAUUCAAAUAAUUGCAAGAUAUUUCUUUAUAAAGUAAUUAUAAUUUUUUCUUUUUUUAUAUAUUUAUAACGUUUAUUUCAGAGAGAUAUGUUGAACGAUAUAUUCAGAUAAAUAUCUUCAAACUCUGUGUUUUAUUGCGAUUGUUUCUAGUUAACAUUUGUUUAAUGAUAAUUCAUUCGUUUGACAAUGCAUCAAGCAGCAUGUUAUAGAUUGAGACAAAGAUUUCAGAUUCUCCAUUUAGAUAACGUCAAAUUUAAUUUCUUCAAGAUAAUACCGAAUUGAACCUCUUAGGUACAAAACGACAGUAUCGUGGCUUUCGCGGAUGUCAUUUUAUAUUACGUUACGACGCGCCACUAUAGCGAUUCACCCCACCGACCCAUUUGCUCAUCGUUCGAACUAAAUGAUCUCUUUCAUUUGUUUUACGUCACACUUUUCUUGUUCUCGUAAUGUUCUAUAACAGUGUUGUUGUUAUUUCUAUACUCAGAGAUAGGAUCACAACGGCUAUUGUUAUGUAGAAUGGAUAAAUCUAUCACACCGUUCUGAGCCAAAAAAAGAACCUUUAUUGCACUAUAUUAUAACUAGAAGUAUCUUCCAGUUACCAUUCCUUGUAACUAACGCGUCUGCGUAUGGAUGGCGAGCGCGAACUCACGUUGUCAUUUUCAACGAGCGUUAACAAUAUACAGGCAAAAAUCGAUUGUUGCUUUUCGUUAAAUAUACCAUUAGUGGAUGCUCUUUUUAACUCUUUGCUCUUUUAUCCUUAUAACUUUGAAGAAUCUUCAACCUGAAAAUGUGAAAGCUUGAAAAUAGAAAAUUAAGAGCAAUUUGAAAAACACUAUCGCGCUAUGAGCGUGAAAAUCGUGACGUUGGUCUAUGUGUCGUAGCGUGUUUUAAAAUAUAUCGCACUCAAUUGUAUCAUUAAUUAUUACAGUAAAUUAUUCAGCUUGAAGUAUAUGCGUCAUAUCUCCGAGAAAAAUUAAAAUAUAAUUAUCAAAAACUUCGUUGCAAUGUGGUUAAUGGUAGAGAACAGCAUUAUUCGUCACACGUCGCAGCGCUGUAUCGUUUACGCGUAAUUCGCGUGAAACUGUGAACAGAGAAACAACCCCGUACCUAAUUCAGCAAAAUUCAGCUGUACCUAAGAGGUUUAACGCGAAACUUUAAUCUUGGAAAUUCGUUUCGUUAUAGCAAGUUUCUGACUCAACUGUUGUACUUCUUCGAGAAACAAAGAGCAGAAUCGACGAUCAACAGACGAUUGUUUACCGAGUAUAGAUUGCGAUACUAGAAAGCGAUAGCGAAGGAUUUUUGUAGGAUUAUCUGUACCUUCGACGAUAUAUGCCUAUUUUCAGCCGGUCGUUGAUCUCGAUCCUUCUGCUCUUCUCUGUUUCUGUAAUUUAUCGUUCCAAUACAAUUGGACAGGCCUGCAUAUCAAACAUCUUGUUAAUUCGACUAUUAAAGUUUAUCAGAAAUCAAGAUCUGUCGAUAAAUAUAUAGCAGAGGAAGUUUGAUUUUGAACCAAAGAACCAGUGACUUAUUGCGUUUUUCCCUUCUAGAUUUUAGAUAUUUAUCGAAUAUUAUUCGAAUAUUAUUCGAAUAUAGCGCGAGUUUUGUUAACGUCAGUUUCCUCUUCAUUGACAAAGUCAACCGACAGAAGCUUCGAAGAUGUUCGAAAAAUUGUUUUGGCACGUGAAUAGUUAAGUUUUCUAUAUUUUCAUAGAUGGAAGCACAUAUGAUGUGUGAAAGUUGAACAAGUUGCACGUAUAAAUGACGAAUCGCCUUCUGGGAAAUGAUGAGAAAAUAGUUGUCUGUGGAAAGGAUUAAUUUAUAGGAAAAUGACGAAUAAUUCGACAAGUGUGUGAUAGAUCGUCAUUCUUCGUGAACAUAGACACAGUUCUUAGAACUCACAGCUGUAUCGGCUAGACAAGAUUAUACGCAGUCGUGUUUAAUCGUGUUACGAUUACAAUCAUUAAAUUGCAGUCGUCUUUAGAAUGUUUCUACGUUUCGUCCAUUUUCAUUUGUUUCUUCUUGUUUCCAAUCAAUAAACGAUAUACAAACGAUCUUGAUCGCUAUGCUUUUUCUAUCUAUUUAUAUUUCUCCUUUCUUUUAUCAACCAGCGAUGGAAUAAAUGUCGACGACUAUGACCAACUACAAUCGCAAACGUUACGAUCAAUCUCGCGAAUUCUUAAGGAUCCAAGAUCUGACGAUUCGUGUCUCGAAUCUGAGCGAAGAUUUCGAAGGCAAAGAAAGCCCCCGUUCGAUGGCUGGCUCGAACCCGCGUGAGCGCCGGCGUAGAGCGAAAAAUGUGAUAACCCGCGAAAAUAAAUCUAAAUUAAUGAACGUAGGCUUGCAAGAGACGCCUGUGUAUUUCCCCUUGUAGAGGUGCGCGUUCGUACGCAACGUUAUACUCGAAAAUCCUCGUGCUGCGGCACAUUCGAAACACACAAGAUACAGCGCGAUAUGCACAGACAUACACAUGCACAUUCUUAUUCAUACAACGUACGACAGAGAGAGAGAGAGAGAGAGAGAGAGAGAGAGAGAGAGAGAGAGAGAGAGAGAGAGAGAGAGAGAGAGAGAGCGAAGAAUUCUUGUUUAAAAGCGUCGAAAGCAGGACACGUCCAGUGUUUUUUGUAUGAUACGUGUAGAUAGCGGCACAAGCGUAACGUGUACGAUGUACAAUAUUAUAUAUGUUACAGGGAGCUAUAUAUAUAUAUAUAUAUAUACAUAUAAAUAUAAAUAUAAAUAUAAAUAUUAUAAAUACAAAAUAUAAAUAUAUAAAUAAAUGGAGUCUAAUGAUAUACUAUUAGGUAUAUACAUAUUAUAUAUAUAUAUAUGUUUAUGUAUAUAUAUAUAUAAUAUUAUAUAUAUAUAUAUAAUGUGCAAAGGAGCGAAUGUGCGAGCGAAUGAUAGCAUGAGAGAGGCAGAAGCGUGAGCAUUGUACAGCGCGUUUCAAAAGCAACGCUCGUAAAAAGCGUGGCAGCUGAUGCCACGGUUCGAGCCUCCGCCACCCUAGUCGAUUCAACGACCGCUGCUGACUGGGGGUUGCUUUUGAAACACGCCCCUCCACGAAACGCCCUGUAAAUAGAAGAUAUGAAAGCCAGGAAGCAGCGAGCAUCGCGAAUCGCUACGAUCACUUAGCGAGAAAGAAAAUAAUAUCGUCGGAUCCGAGUGUGUUUCUAGGUUUCCUUCUAUCGACAUGUGCUCUCCGUUCAUUUUUCUCGCCGUUCGAGACUCGUCGAACGGUGAUUACCGCGACCGAAGGCAACGCACCUACACGAGUAAAACAGAGACGAAAAAAGAAAAAAAAAAAAAAUAAUAAUACUAAUGAUAAUAAAAGAAAGAAGAUAUAAAAGAAAACACGAAGAAAAGUCAUUCCUCCUUUCUCGUUCGUCAUUCAAUCUGUUACACGAAUACGUAGAAUGGUAGAUCUCGAUCGAUUUCGGAGGUUGAACGAUGCUACCGCGAAAGUUGCGGAUGCGUUCGCGUUUGCGUACGAAAUGAAAGGAAAAGUCUCGAAAUCACGAAAUCUCGUCGCCAUGUUUACGCUUUCAUUGUUCCUGUGCAUUCCGGCAUUUCUCCACGCUUAUCCAUGAGACGUAACCUCGAUGUAUCAGAAUCAAGAAACGAAAUCACUCCUUCCUUCUGUCCUCUCUUGCUCCCCACACCCCAACCUCCGUCGAACCUUCUGAAUAACUUCCUAACUUCGUCCACUUCCACGACAACACCUUCUAUUUACUUGUUCGAAUCGCCGCUUCGGAGAAGUUUUUCAGUGUCGUUUCUGACCGGGGAUUCUUAAGAAUCAGGUCGUUCGAUGACGAUCCAGCGGUGAUUCUGUGGUUCAUGUACAUAACACGCACAAGCCACAGCAGCGGAAAUGACGUCCACGGCCCUCGCGAGUUUAAGGGCCGCGGACAGAGAAGAAACGACGCGAGCAAACGAGGUUGUAAAUGUUUCAAUAAAUCCACGUAUUUCUACGAAAAUUCGCCUGAUUUUUACACGUUCUUAUUUUAUUCCGAAUAUACCCGACUAUAUCCUCUUUUCUUCCUUUCGAUAUCUACGAGAAACGCGCAGUGUUUAUGAUUAAUUGGAAUUAUUUCGCUCUGAAAUUGAAACAUCUUGAAAUGAUGCUUCUAUCAUUCGUUCCAUUUUCUUCGAAUUUCACAUAUCUUUUGCACGGUUCGCGUCAAUUUCUAGCCACGAAUCGCCAUGCUCGUGUAUCACACGUAACCGUUAUCGAUUGCAUUAUGAAACUAAUUUAUGAAAUCGACUUCAAAGUCAUCGUUGGUAGACUAGAAUCAGUGUAGUUACGCGUUAUUAAAGCUUAUUCUACGAGAUGAUAUAUUCUCAAACAAAAGAAUGAUAACAUGUACUUAAGAUAUAAUAGUACUUACGAUCAGAUAAAAAGUUAUUAUCGCGAGUUAAAAUUUAAUAGAAAUACAUGAUGUAAUAUUCAUAGAUA